GUGCAUAAACAUGGGUGAUGAGAGUGUUGCUGCUUCGCCUCAUUUUGGUUUGAUAUCUGAAGAGGACCAUCUCUGGUUCAGUUUCCUUGAACUAGAAGCCGCUUAUACUCAUAGUGUUCUGGACGAUCCUUCUAUAUCACAGUGUGUGGAGACACCGCCUCAAAUCCAAAAUCAAAACCAUGUGGUCGCAGCAGAAAUGGGAUGCGAAGGUGAAUACGGUAGUGAAGCGCACCGAGCAGCCUCGCUGAGUAGGUUCCGUCAAAAGAGAAAACGACGAUGUUUUGCUAAUAAAAUAAGAUACAAGACACGCCAAGAAGCUACUCUCAGGGUACAUCGUAGUAAGAGCCAGUUUAUUUUAUCCAAAAUCCAUGAGUCAGAGCAAGAUGUCUUUCACUCGGAGAUAUUGUCAGUUUUCUGCCCUUCAUCCUGUUUUCAAUUUCUGCUGUUUUUAGUUUCAUUUGAAUUCUUAUUAUUGAUACUUUCCCCAGCUUCAAAAAUUCCAUUGCCAUUUAUUUAUCAAAUGUCUUUUAAAAAAGAACAAUGUUUGGUAAACUGGCCAAAUACCUCCCAAAAGUUUCCAUUUAUCUAAAAUUUAUUGUUUUUGUUUUUAUUUUAACAA